AUCGUUUCUUUCCUUGAUGACGACUGCACAUUUAAUACCCCCCUGCAUGUGUGACUACCGUUCAGUUUGAGUUGGACACUAGGCGAGAUCGCGCGUGCACUCGUGAUGGCGGCCAGUCUUCCUUUCGGACUGCUCGUUCUGGUCACUGUACCACUGCUUGGCAAAUGCGAAUUGAGGCUGAAUGCCGGCUGCAAAAUCGAGACCCUGAGGGCUUGCGGAGACGACUACGUGCCCUAUAAGAAAGGGCCGCACCUGCACGAGUCUGGGCAAGAGUUCGACGAGGGAUGCAAGAAAGACAAGACACAGAUCCCUUGCACGCUCAAGUUCAUCAAUGACUGUACCGAUGGAUUGCCCAAAGCCGCGUCACUGGUGGCAAUAAAGGCGUUGGAAGAGAACAUCGAGGCUGUCUGCAACAUUGGUUCGGAUCCGUACAAAAGUAUGUGCGUUUUGUUACAUCUCUGCAUUUUUCGCAGGCAUGUCAGACGCAUACCUAGAAUAAGUGUUGACAGUGGUAUCUAAGAAUAGCGUUUUCUC